GUGUCACUCUCGGAUCCCAUUGGUCGCUCUAUCCCAAGGGGGCGUGUCCCGCACGCUGAUUGGCCGACGGGGGGGUGUACCUGCCGCUCCUGGGUCCCAGGCGUAGCAGUGGGGCGAGGAGUGGAGCCAUGAGCUGCAGCGAGCUGUUCCAGGUGUUCAGCACACCCCCAGCCAUGCCUGUGGAUUUUGCCAUGCGGCUCUGCCUGACCCACUCUCCUCCCAUCCGCAAGCUGCUGAACUCCUAUGAGGAGCUGCGGGGUGGCCGGGGGCGUAAACCCCUCCGCUCCUGCCUGAACCAGAAGCCCAGUGCAGAGCCAGAGCGGCGGGACAGCGCCAAGGGCAGCCGGAGCAAGAAGAAGAGGGUGGUGUUUGCUGACAUGAAGGGGCUUUCGUUGACAGCCGUCCGCUUCUUCUCCAAGAUCGAGGAGGACCUGUGUGACCUGCAGCAAGCCUUGUCCGACCUGACCUGCCUCAGGCCCAAGCUGCGAGACCCUCGCCCAGAGACAAAGAAGUACACGCUGGACUUCCCACAGCCCUCUGCUGACUACACAGCCUUCCGCAACCGCCUGCACACCAACCUGAUCUGCCUGGAGAACUGUCUGAUCCAGGAGCGCUCCCUGUCAGGGACUAUCAAGGUCAGGAACAUCGGCUACGAGAAGAAGGUGCACGUCCGCAUCACCUUUGACUCCUGGAGGAGUUUCCGGGAUGUCUGCUGCCAAUAUAUGCACAACACAUAUGGCGCCGCUGAUGUGGACACGUUCUCCUUCGACAUCACUCUGCCCAAAGCACCCAGCCUCCGCGGAGCCAUCGAGUUCUGCAUUUCCUUCCAGUGUGGGCAGAAAACCUACUGGGACAACAAUAGUGGGAGCAACUACAAGGUAUGCCACACAAGUUCCUCGUCCCCUCCCAGCGCCCUCUGCCAGCUAGUAAGAGGAGCCAGUGUGGCUGGAGAGCAGCUGGGACCCUCCAAGGCAGCAGCGCUGGUCCUCUCUCACUGGCAGACCUGGAGGCGUUCGGAAAACCAUGGUCCAUACUGGUAGGAACGAGCGUUCUAGGUGUGGGUACCAAUGCUCUGCUCCAGCAGAGGCAAUGCCAUGCGGGAGCCCCGCUGCGGAAGACACUGCUUGCUACUUCACUAGCUUGUCUGUGUCCAUUCUGAUCUUUGCGGACGCUGCUUCAGCACCAGGACCUGCCACAGAAGCUGGAGGUCGUAGCUCAGCUUGAAUCCCGGGUCUGGGUUCUCCGUGCAGAACGCAUCACUAGCAGAGACUGCGAGGGAGGCUGGGCAGGGAUUGUGCAGGGGCAUCUCCUGCUGCUGUCUCAUCACUUGCGAAAGUCACUGGGGAAGGGCCAGGCCAGACCUUGGCUUGUUUGCAGAGGCCGGCAAAGCUGCUGGCGGGUCAAACGACCAACCCGCAAUAAAAACUGCCCUGCCAGCCUAGCAACCAAGGGCUUUUGGACUCGUGGGGGUGCAGGUGAGAAUGGCAGACCCGGUGGGCAUAUAAACAGGAAUGGGAGGGGCUGCCUUUUGGACUCGUGGGGGUGCAGGUGAGAAUGGCAGACCCGGUGGGCAUAUAAACAGGAAUGGGAGGGGCUGCCUAAGUGCCUUGUAAUUUCCAGGCAUUGGGGACAAAUAGGCAUCCAGGCCCGUGCUGCAGAUAAUAGUAUGACUGUCUGCUGCGCCCAAUGGCCAGCACGUGUACCAUGAGCUAUGUCUGCAUCCCCCCGAAGGGAACCAGUGGCUGUCACUUUAAAUCCCCUCGUAAACGGCAAGGGGGUGUGGGACAAGGCACUGGCCUGGCUGUUGGGGCUUCUGUCUCAUUUACCGUGGUGGAGGUGGCUGGCAGGUUCUUCACAUUGAAGAUGACAGACUGCGGGUGGCCUGGCACGGUGGUGAGAGGCUCAUUGGGAUGUGCUCCUUCAGGACCUGCUGCUGUGGGAAGAAGGCUGGCUGGGGCUUGGCUGGCUGUCGCUGAGGCCGCUAGCAACAGCACAUGGGUCGCUGCAUCAGUUCAUAUCACGCCUCUGUAGGAGACCAUGCUCACCUGCGUCUGGUGUUACUGGCCGCCCUCCGGGAGCGCAGUGACUCGGCACAGUACAGUGACAGUUUGCGAAGUACAAGUGCCCAGGGUAGCCUGGCUCACUCUGAGGUCUGUGUGUCUGCAGCCCGUGCAGGGCACAGGCUGAGCUGGACUGGCUGUCAGUGCUCAGCUGGGCCAGCUGCUGCCGUGGUCUUGGUCCUGGGCCACUGGGAAACCUUCUGGUUUUAGCUGUUGUGAAUAGAUUUAGAACCUUAAUAAAGUCUCUGUAUUUUGUGAACCCU